AUGUCUUUAAAGGCUCAUGAAGUAUCCGACACUGUUGAGCACUUUCAGUGCUUCGAGAUCCGGAACCCUCCCGAGACGGAAAUCGAGUCCCUACGUAUUGCCUUGGAAGAAAACCCCCAAAAUGCCCUGGGAUCGACCCAGGCGCUUCCUGAGUGGACAGGCCCCGAUGGCGGCGAUGAUGAAGAGUCUUAUCUCGCUGUUAAUAUCAAGAAGAACUGGCAGCCAGGUCGUACUCUAAAGAUCAAGUUCCUCUCCGGUGAGCCUGCUCUGCACGACAAGGUGAAGAAGUACGCGGACUGGUGGCCGACGUAUGCCAACAUCAAAUUCACCUGGCUCCCCAUGGACGCACCAAAGGCGGACGUUCGCAUCGACUUUGUGCAGGGAGGAGGAUCGAGCUCACGUGUCGGCACCGAUGCCCUGUCUGAGACAAACCAGUCCAAGAGAACCAUGAAUCUUGACAUCAACCUCAGACAGCCGGAGGAGUUUAUCCGCCGGAAAGUACUUCACGAGUUCGGCCACGUCAUGGGCUGCGAACAUGAGCAUCAGUCGCCCCUUGCCAGCUUCGAGUGGAACACGGAGCUCAUUUACGAAGAGCUCAGCCGGCCGCCCAACAGCUGGUCACGGGCGACGAUCAACUACAAUGUGAUCAAGCGCCUAGAGAGCAGCGAGGUCAAUGCCAGCGCUUACGACCCCGACUCUAUCAUGCUGUACCAGUACCCAGCGCGCUGGUUCAAGAACGUUGGAGCUGUCGCGACCAAAAACAACACGACGCUCUCUGAGCGUGACAAGGAGUGGAUUGCCAACAACUACCCGCCCUGGUCUAGCGAUAUUGGGCAGUUCAGCACGCUUCAGGUCAGGUCGUGGGACAGCGUGAACACCGAUGCCGACCGCAAGGACGUGGCUUUUGAGCCCGCGUACGCUGACCCUCCUCGCCUGGCCAUGGGCCUGAGCUGGCUGGACCUGGAUUACACGACCGACAUAUCCGUCGCCGCCACAGCCGAAGACGUGUCCGACGACCACUUCACAGCCGCGAUCGCGCCUGGGCCCGACUCGCGUGUCUUCUCGGCUGCCUGCUCCUGGCUCGAGGCGUCCGCUGCGGAGCCCAACAUCAAGACGGGCACGUGGGACGUCAAGACGGACGGCAAGCGCGCCUCCAAGCUCUCGACCAUCGUCAAGUACGACUCGCGCUUCGAGGGCGGUGCGGCGCCCACCGUCGUGGCCUGGUUCUCCGGGCUCAGCCUCGGCAAGGACUCGGCGUGGCGGCUCAAGACGCAUGUGUCCGAGGCCAGCCCCUUCAAGUUCAGGCUCAACCUCGAGGUCGGCGACGACACGGACCUCCGUGGUGCGACGGUCACAUGGGUGGCCUUCCCCGCCGACAAGGAAGGCAUCACGGGCGGGACCUUUUGCACCGACGACGUCCCCGGGUCCGAGAACGCGGGCACCGUCGAUUUCAGUCGUGCUGGCUUCCAAGUGGCCCCUGCUGUAAUGAUGGCCAUUAGCGGAUUCGACUUUGAGAAUGGGCACAACCUGCGGCUACGCGUCAGCCACUCGUGCGUCAGCAAGGACUCCAUGAUGUGGCAUCUCGAUAGCUGGCUCGAUUCGGCCCUGAAUACCGCUACUGGCGCUUAUGUGGCCGUGUGCCCACCCAAUGUUGACGAGGACCUCUGA